AUGGGCGACCCCCGACGAAGCCGUCGGCCAGACAGCCGCCAAAUGUGGGAUGAAUCCGACCGUCGUGACAGGCGCGGAGGCCCACGCGAUCGAGACAGGGACAACGACCGCGACCGGAGAGGAUACAGAUCUAGAUCGCGGGAGAGGCGCGGAUACAGAGACCGCUCGAGGUCUCCGGACAGAAGGCACAGAGAUCGCGACGGCGAUAGGAACCGACCCAGGGAGAGGGGUUCACGAUAUCAUGAUGAUAGAAGGGAUCGACGGAGAGAUGAUGAUGAUGGACCUCGGUAUCGUCGUGAUGAUGACGGAGACCGACGAGUCAAAUCCCGUCGCUCCGCAUCCCCAAACACCCGCAGCCCCUCCCACGACACAACAUCCCUCCCAACCCGCACCCGCCCCGACAACAACAUCAAGCGCGAACCAAACCCCAACAUGUCCUUCAACGUCUCCAAAAAGUCCCCUCCGCGCCGCGACGACGCCCCCGAGGGAGACGAGAUGGACGCCGAGGACGACGACAUGGCGGCCAUGCAGGCCAUGAUGGGCUUUGGAGGGUUCGGAACGACAAAGAACAAAAAGGUGGCGGGCAACAAUGCUGGAGGUGUGAGCAAGGAGAAGAAGACCGAGUAUCGGCAGUACAUGAACCGGCAGGGUGGAUUCAACCGGCCGCUGAGUCCUUCGCGAUGA